CUCUGCCCCUUCCUUCCUUCUUUUGCGCCGCUCCUCCGGGCAGAACUGCGAGAGAACGUGAUCGAUCGAAUUUCAAAAAAGGCACACACCUACCCCUGUGCUCCCGUGAUCACGAAAUUACUCUAAAAUCUCCUGAUAUUAAAUUCAGGAGUUAAGUGUUUCGUGGUUAUUCCAUUCCGUGUGUGAUCCCUUAGAUCUCCGAUUCGACGCCCGCGAGGCAAUUAUCUAGUGAAGAACCCACCUUUUGAACAAAAUGUCGAACCUCGCCGAUCCGGUCGCGUUCGCGAAGGACUUUAUCGCCGGUGGAGUCUCCGCUGCCGUCUCCAAGACCGCGGUAGCGCCCAUCGAGCGCGUCAAGCUCCUGCUGCAGGUACAGCAUGUGAGCAAGCAGAUCACCGAAGAUCAGCGCUACAAGGGCAUCGUCGACGCCUUCGUCCGCAUUCCUAAGGAGCAGGGCCCGCUCUCGUUCUGGCGUGGUAAUCUCGCCAAUGUCAUCAGGUACUUCCCCACCCAGGCGCUCAACUUCGCCUUCAAAGACAAGUACAAGCAGGUGUUCCUCGGCGGUGUAGACAAGAACACCCAGUUCUGGCGUUAUUUCGCUGGUAACUUGGCGUCCGGUGGUGCCGCCGGCGCUACCUCCCUCUGCUUCGUGUACCCCUUGGACUUCGCGCGUACCCGUCUCGCCGCCGACGUCGGCAAAGGCGACGGCCAGCGUGAGUUCAGCGGUCUCGGAAACUGCCUCACCAAGAUCUUUAAACAUGACGGUCUCAUCGGUCUCUACAGAGGAUUCGGCGUCUCAGUACAGGGUAUCAUUAUCUACCGUGCCUCAUACUUCGGCUUCUACGACACCGCCCGUGGAAUGUUGCCCGACCCUAAGAACACUCCCCUCGUCAUCAGCUGGGCCAUCGCACAGACCGUCACCACAGUCGCCGGCAUCAUCUCCUAUCCCUUCGACACUGUCCGUAGGCGCAUGAUGAUGCAGUCCGGCCGUGCCAAGGCUGAUAUCCUGUACAAGAGCACCCUGCACUGCUGGGCCACCAUCGCCAAGACCGAGGGUGCCAACGCCUUCUUCAAGGGAGCGUUCUCCAACGUCCUCAGAGGCACGGGUGGUGCCUUCGUGCUCGUCCUAUACGACGAAAUCAAGAAACUCCUGUAAAUUUAACGUAAGAAUUGUUACCAUAAUUUCAAUUUUAAUGUGAUUCCGGAUCACCAGUAAUAGCCAGCCCUCAAUUGUAUUAUUAGAAGUGGAAAUCAAGUCUAGUAAUUUAUUUUUAGUUAAUAAAGCAUUAUACAUUGAUUCCAAAAUGUAUUUUUAUUAAAAUUGCAAGUCUUGAGUGUUACAUAAUUGGUUAACCUAGAAAUUUUUCAAACAAUUGCAUCUAGCAUUUUAGUUUCAAAGAAUUUAUUAUUCUUUUCUGUCAUAAAUAGGUACAUUCUAUAUUCAAUUUCAUUAAAUUCAAGUUUUUUACUUUUUUUCUGUACCUAUCAUGCUGGCACAUAGUGCUGUUAUGUAACCUGUUUCAACCGGGCCAAGGCUAGCUGACAGCAAGAAUUAGUUCCAAUUCUAAUUGCUUAUUUAAAUCUUUGAUUCUUGUGUUGUAUGUGAUUGUUUUAUAUUCAAAUCAAUUUCUAUUAUCAAUCAAUAUUUAGUGAUACGGCUGGCAGACCUUGUACUUUGUUAUAGAAGUGUAUUUCUAAUAUGCUUGUUUAUGUAAUGCUCACAUUUUUGCUGUGAAUUGUCUGAAAAUCAUGUGAUUUAAAGAAGUUAUAAAAACGAAGUGUGCUAUGCAGUGUGAGUGAUGACAUAGACAUUUAUUUUCUUGAUUAUGUAGUGUUGACUCCACAUAUUCGGUACAUUAGGUAACAUUCGAAUGUAUCCAAGCGAAGCUCUAAGCUUAAACCCUUGAGCAAUUGUUCCCUCGGGUAUGAUUUUUUCGAAGAAAAAGUCGUACAUGAUGAGUGAUAAUAUAGAAAUGUUAAAAAUAACAA